GUCUUCGUUUUCUCGUAGAGUUUCUGUUCUCUGUACGAGCUGGUUUUCUAUUGGAAUCUCUUUUGUCCGUCUUUUAUUAUUGCUCUUUCUGCCUUGUUGCUCGUUUUUGCAUAGGAGAUUUCGUAGGAUUGUUCUCUGGAAGUUUUACGGUGAAUUAAAAAAAAGAAAGAAAAAAAUGGCAGGAAUGAUUGCGACAAAUGGGAAACUGGGCGUUUCUAGUUUUCAUGGAAAUGGGGUUUUUGCUUCAAAGUGUCGCCAAACUUCGUUUUCUUCAUGUGGGUUUUCUCUUAUUCGGAGACCCAAUUUCGGUAUCGGUUUAAACGUUAAGAAUAGAAGGCGAAAUUGUGGAACAGUCACUAGAGCUGGGUCGAAUGGAGGGUCUGAUAGUAAGUUGGUUGGUGGUUCGCUUCUUGAAAAGGAAUUUGAGUUCAAGCCAUCGUUUGAUGAUUACUUGAAGGUUAUGGAGUCGGUUAGAACCGUGAGAGAUAAGAAACAGAAAUCGACGCAUAAUUUGAGAGAAACAUUCUUGUCUGAAGGGAAUGAAGAGAGUGUGAGAUUGGGGAAGUCUGAAGAGCGUCUGGACCGAGGAAAGGCGUUGGAUUUUGUUGACAAAGAUGAGUCAUUCAAGAGUAGAGAUGGGGUCAAGAAAAAAGAGAGUCAAAGGAAAAAGAUAACAGAACUUAAGGGCAGGUUUGAAGGCACAGAAAACAAUUGGACUGGAAGGGGAAAGAGGAAGCCGGUACGAUCUCUAACGGGCAGAAAAUGGUCGAAACAGCAGACUCGCGAGGAAGAUGCAGAAGCUAAUAACUAUAACAUUGACAUGAGAAGGGAACAUGAGGAUAAAGCAAAUUCCUCGCGGGUAUUAGGGAACAAGAGGAGUGAUGAUAGCAUAUGGAAUGACGGAUCAAUGGCUAAAGCUGGAGUGAGAGAGGAAACUGGUGUUGUAAAUAACAAGUGGCGUGAGAGGAAUCGCAUCCAAGAUAACAAAGUCAUUGAUAAGGAUAUUGUACCAAAACAUGGAAGAAUAAAUAGGAGAACUGAAGUUGAUGACAAAAGUUUGAGAGAGGAACGAGCUGCCUUCAGGAAUUUUGAUGACUAUAAUGACAUUUUGGGCAAGCCACGACUUCCAAGGAUGGAAAUGGAUGAGAGGAUCCAAAAGCUAGCAAUGUCGCUGAAUGGUGCAGACGUUGAUAUGCCAGAGUGGAUGUUUUCGAAGAUGAUGCGGAGUGCAAGGAUUAUAUUCACAGACCAUUCUAUUUCAAGGGUUAUUCAGAUCUUGGGAAAAUUCGGAAAUUGGAGGAGGGUGGUACAAGUCAUUGAGUGGCUUCAAAUCCGUGAACGCUUCAAAUCUCAUAAGCUUAGGUAUAUUUACACGACUGCACUUAAUGUUCUUGGAAAGGCAAGGAGACCUGUGGAGGCGCUCAAUGUAUUUAACGCAAUGCUGCAACAUAUGUCCUCUUAUCCUGACUUAGUAGCUUAUCAUUCCAUUGCUGUUACUCUUGGACAAGCGGGUUAUAUGAAGGAACUUUUUGAUGUCAUUGAUACUAUGCGUUCUCCUCCUAAGAAGAAGUUCAAAACAGGGGCUCUUGGAAAGUGGGACCCACGAGUAGAACCGGAUAUCAUCAUGUACAAUGCGGUUUUAAAUGCAUGUGUUCAGCGAAAACAAUGGGAAGGAGCGUUUUGGGUUUUGCAGCAAUUGAAGGAAAAAGCCUUAAACCCUUCAGUCACAACCUAUGGACUUGUUAUGGAGGUAAUGCUUGUAUGUGGCAAGUACAACUUGGUUCAUGAUUUUUUCAGAAAAGUACAAAAAUCUUCUAUACCAAAUGCGUUGACAUAUAGAGUUCUUUUGAAUACCCUAUCGAAAGAAGGUAAAUUAGAUGAGGCUGUAUUGGCUGUUCAAAACAUGGAGAAACGGGGAAUAGUAGGUUCUGCUGCUCUUUAUUAUGACUUAGCUCGAUGCCUUUGUAGUGCUGGAAGGUGUCAAGAGGCGUUAAUGCAGAUUGAUAAGAUAUGCAAGGUUGCAAGUAAACCCCUAGUGGUAACUUACACUGGAUUAAUUCAAGCUUGCCUCGACUCGGGAAAUAUCGAAGAUGGAGCAUAUAUUUUCAACCAUAUGAAGGACUUUUGCUCCCGGAAUCUUGUUACUUGUAACAUAAUGCUGAAAGGUUAUCUGAAACAUGGGAAGUUCAAAGAAGCAAAAGAGCUGUUUGAGAAGAUGUUACAAGACGCCAGUCUUAUCAAGAGCAAAGCUGAUCACAAGGCUUUGGUGGCACCAGAUAUCUACACGUUCAAUACUAUGUUCGACGCAUGCAUCACCGAGAAGAAGUGGGAUGACUUUGAGUAUGCCUACAAAAAGAUGCUGCACCAUGGCUAUCACUUCAACGCAAAGCGUCAUCUUCAGAUGAUACUGAAUGCUUCCAGAGUAGGAAAGGGAGAGUUGUUGGAUAUAACUUGGAACCACUUGGUCGAGGCGGAUCGGAUUCCACCGUCGUCUCUCAUCAAAGAAAAGUUUUGCAUGAAGCUGGAGAAAGAAGACUACAUUGCUGCCCUGUCUUGCAUUUGCAAUCAAAAUCUUUCCGAAUCGCGGGAAUUCUCCAAGAAGGCUUGGUCGAAAUUACUAGACGAAAAUUCUGAAAGGUUUAGGAAAGGUACUCUUGUCAGGUUAAUUCGAGAGAUUGACAAUAUUAUUGCCAGAAGUGACCAGCCAGAUUCUGUGUUGGUGAAUCUUUUAGUAUCUUGCAAAGAACUUUCUAGAACUUGUGUGGUAGCCGAUGUUGAACUAACAGAAACUUUCACUACACUCCAAACUGAUCCAGCUUCGAAACUGUAAUCAACGUUGUUAGUUUUUGGCCU